AUGUUUUAUAUCAGACUGUUAUCGGCUCUAUUAUGUUUCUGGGGUACUUUUGUUAAUGCUGUCUAUCGUGAUGAAGCAUUCAAUGUUGACUGGCAACUCUCUACAAUAGGAGAUUAUCGUUGUACCAUAAGUGAUUAUGCUAAAGAGAAUCAAUUAAUUAUAUUAUCUGACUACUCUGAAAUUGAGACAUUAGUGACUUAUAUAAACGAGACUAACGGGAAUGUCUUAUUGAGGUAUACCGUUCCAUUCAAGAUGUCUGAUGCCAUGCUUGUGCCAGAUUCUCAUCAAUUGAUUCUAAAUGUGGUUGGAGAUUCUACUAAGAAGUAUGUGUCUAUUGACCUCGAUACUGGUUUGAUUCUUGACGAUGCUAGUAAUGACUUAGUCCAGGCUAGUGAUUUUUCAUUUGAAUCUACAUGUGUUGCUAACGAUUAUAAAAUCUUGAAUAAGGAUGGAAAACCAAGAUUAAAGGUGACGGAUAAGACUAUGGGUUUGCCUAUCUUUGACAUUGAACUUCCAGAGUCAUUUACAGACAUUAACUACCUUUCAACCGAUUAUUCUCAGAACCUCCAAUUUAUUGUCGGCAAUGGUGAUUCUCAAUUCACUUAUUUCAAUUAUACCGAGGGUGGAAAGAAUCUAACUAAUAGUUGGGUCAGGGACGAAUCACUAGUAGAUAUUGUUGAUAGUACCUUCUUCGAUUUGAAAGAUCCAUCUAUCGAUACAAUAAGAAAAGAACUUACCGAAGAAAGGGAUAUUGAUGAUGUUAUCACAGCUUAUGUUUUCAGGGUGAAGAAUAACUUUAACAGAAUCAGAAAUUAUUUGAAACAACACCAAUAUUCACCAGGUAGAGUUAUUACAAGUUUUCUAAAAGAAAAUGAAUUAAUGGGUAAUAUUAAUGAAGAGAAGGCAUAUAAGAGAGACUUGGACUUUGGCCUAGCCAAGUUACUGAUCGUUGUGACAAAAAAUGGUAGAAUGGCCGCUUUACAUGUCUCACAACAAGGAAAAAUUAUUUGGAAUUUUAACACUGGACUUCAAAAUAUUGUCUCUAUCAAUUAUACGCCUCUUACUGACGAAUUGGUUGUUAUUAAUGAAAAAGGUUCAUUCGUUGUUUUCACUUCUAUAAAUGAACACAUUCCACCGACUUUGAAAAACGAGGGCUCUUUUAACUUAACGACUAGUUCUAUCAUUACUAAGACCAAGAAAUUGGAUGAUGAGCAUAAUUGCUUUUUUGUGUCUUUGGAAAAUGGGGAAAACCAGAUUGUGAGCGUGGACAACAUGCAACCCUUAAACAAUGCUUCCUACUUUUUAACGAACCAUAAUUCAAAGGAAAUUAAUGGUUACAUCCUUUCAGAAGGUAACAAAUUAGUUGAUACAUGGAGAAUAACUUUAAACACAAACGAAAAAAUUGUAGCAUUUGCUUCUAGAACUGAGGAUCCUGUGGUUAACGUUGGUAAUGUUCUCGGUAAUAGAACAGUAUUAUACAAAUAUCUGUAUCCAAACUUGGUUUCAUAUGCUACUAUUAAUGAGGAGGAUAGAAGUUUGUAUAUUAAUUUGAUAGAUACAAUUACUGGUGAACUACUACAUUCCCAGAAACAUACAAAUGAGAAAGUUGAUAUAAACUCUCCUGUCAAUUUGGUUUUUGGAGAAAAUUGGUAUGUUUAUUCUUAUUUAAGUGCUGAACCAAUUCCAGAACAGAGGAUAACAGUUGUUGAACUUUAUGAUUCUCUAGAAUCUAAUGUGAAGAAAUCUGAUCCAAAUAUGCAAUAUAGUCCAUUGAAGGGUAACAUUAACAAACCGGAGGUCAUUAGUAAGAGUUAUUACUUCCCUGAGAUUAUUCAGGAUUUAGAAUUAUCAUCUACAAAGUUCAGUAUUACAUCAAAGGCUAUUAUUAUCAAGUUAGCAAAUGACCAGAUUACUUUUGUUCCAAAGUUUGUUUUAAAUGCAAGAAGUAAAGAAGAAGCUAACAUGUCGGAUGACGACAAAAAGGAAUUUAUGGCAAGUCCGUACAUGUCCAGCAUUCCAAUUAAUGAUAAUUUCAUUAUUUCACAUCAAAGAGAACUAAUAAUGGGUGAUGAUUCAAAGCUUGUCUCUUCAGCCACAAAUUUAGAAUCGACUACUAUUGUUUGUGAGAUUGGUAAUGAUGUAUUUUGUUCUAGAAUCUAUCCAUCAGGUCAAUUUGAUGUUAUGAGUCCAUCCUUCGAGAAAUUCCAACUAUUUGGGACAAUUUUUAUUGUUAUUGUUAUAGUCUACUACUUGCAUCCAACUGUGGCCAACAAAAAGUUGAAGAUAUUAUGGAUGAUUAAGGAUUAA